AUGGCGGCGGCGGAGCCGGCGGUCGCGGCGCUCCCCGGCGGCGGCGGCGGCGGCGCGGGCGCGGGGGCGCCGUCGGGCACGGUCCCCGUGCUUUUCUGCUUCUCCGUCUUUGCGCGGCCGGCGGCCGUGCCGCACGGCGCGGGCUACGAGCUCCUCAUCCAGAAGUUCCUCAGCCUGUACGGCGACCAGAUCGACAUGCACCGCAAAUUCGUGGUGCAGCUCUUCGCGGAGGAGUGGGGCCAGUACGUGGACCUGCCCAAGGGCUUCGCGGUCAGCGAGCGCUGCAAGGUGCGCCUCGUGCCGCUGCAGAUCCAGCUUACUACCCUGGGAAAUCUUACACCUUCAAGCACUGUGUUUUUCUGCUGUGAUAUGCAAGAAAGGUUCAGACCAGCCAUCAAGUAUUUUGGAGAUAUUAUUAGUGUGGGACAGAGAUUGUUACAAGGGGCCCGGAUUUUAGGAAUUCCAGUUAUUGUAACAGAACAGUACCCUAAAGGUCUUGGAAGCACUGUUCAAGAAAUUGAUUUAACAGGUGUAAAGCUGGUACUUCCAAAGACCAAAUUUUCAAUGGUAUUACCGGAAGUGGAAGCAGCAUUAGCAGAGAUUCCUGGAGUCAGGAGUGUUGUGUUGUUUGGAGUAGAAACUCACGUAUGCAUCCAGCAGACCGCUCUGGAGCUCGUUGGCCGAGGUAUCGAGGUUCAUAUUGUGGCUGAUGCCACGUCAUCGAGAAGCAUGAUGGACAGGAUGUUUGCCCUUGAGCGUCUUGCUCGAACUGGGAUCAUUGUGACUACAAGUGAGGCUGUUCUUCUACAGCUGGUGGCUGAUAAAGAUCAUCCAAAAUUCAAGGAAAUUCAGAAUCUAAUUAAGGCGAGUGCCCCAGAGUCGGGUCUGCUUUCCAAAGUAUAA